AUGUUGCCAUGUCAUCGCAAAGUGAGCGCUCUUAAUGAUCGUAUUAGACCUGACAACUUCAAAUGCUCAAAUUUUGAUCUGUUGGCAUUUAUGAAAUCAUUGGCUGCAAUUCACGUGAUUGAGGAGAUAAAUGCAGCUGGCUUCCUCCCAGGAGUGCACCUUGGAUAUAUGGUGUGUGACACCUGCUCAUAUGCAAGCAAAGCAUUGCAGAAUGUGGAGCACAUGUUCGCAUUCAACGCCACUGAAAAUCUGCAGUGCAACCACGCCGAAUUCAGGCCCAAAGUCAAGAUCAUUUUAGGAGCGAUGUACUCUGAGGUGUCUAUCUCUGUGGCCAAACUGCUCAAUGUGUACAUGGUCCCUCUGCUGAGCGCGACAUCAUCUUCACCAGUUCUUAGUGAUAAGCUGCGCUUCCCAGUUUUUCUGCGUACUAUUCCCAGUGACACCCAUCAAACCAAAGCAGUGGCCAAACUGAUGGCUCACUAUGGCUGGGACUGGGUUGGGGUUGUGUAUGCAGAUGACGAAUACGGCAAAGCAGCUUUCCAGAGCUUCGUCAAGGAUGCUGGCGAAAAUCAUGUGUGCUUGGCCUACCAGGAAGUGUUGUCUCAUCAUAGCGAUUAUGAGGGCAACAUGCAACGCAUCAAGCAGGUCGCCCAGCAGAUCCGCUCCUCCAAUGCCCAGGUGGUACUGCUCAUCCUCAAGGUGGAACUGGUGGACCUCCUCUUUAAGGAAAUGAUUCAGACCAAAACAUCAAGGACCUGGAUUGCAAGUGACGGCUGGUCCAGGAGCCGGUCCCUUGGCCAUCUGGAUGGCAUCAACACAAUUGGUGACAUCUUGGGCUUUUCCUUUGUUGCAGUGAAGAGUGAAUCAUUUGAUAAUUAUCUCAAGAAUCUUAAACCAACCCCAGGAGGAUACAACCACUUCAUUGAAGAAUACAAAAACCUGAGAUUUAACUGCUCUACAGAAUGUUUCUCAGCCAACCCUCCAUCUUAUUGUCCCACACCUGAUCUCCUGACAAUGAAAUCUGAUAAAGCAUGCCAUGCCAUGGACCCCCAAGAACAAAAUGAUGACUUUCUCACUGAGGCUUUGGAUACAAGUGAAGCCUUCAGUGACAGAUUAGCAGUGUGGGCCACAGCUAAUGCUCUCAAAACACUAAUGAAGUGCAACAGUUCCUCAUGCUUGGGAGAAAUUAACUUCCCACCAUGGAAGCUUCUUAAAGAACUGAAGAUGGUUAACUUCACAUAUGAAGGCCAGACUUAUUUCUUUGACAAAAAAGGCAAUUUUGUCAAUGGUUAUGAUCUGAUAAUGUGGACACAGGAUGGAGAACACAGAAAACUUCAUAGGAUUGGGAGAUACCAUGCUUUGGAUGAACAGAUAGAACUUCAUGAGGAAAAUGUUGCCUGGCUCUCAACAGUCAAUGCCACAACCCCUCAGUCUAGAUGUUCAGAAAGCUGCCCCCCUGGCUCUUUCAAGAAGAUCUUGAAUGUGUCCUGCUGUUACAACUGCACCCUUUGUACAGAGGGAACCUAUUCAGAUGCCCCAGAUCGUAUUGCCUGCAAAAAAUGUCCCAAUGGAACUUGGUCGCUCAAGGGUUGGAGCAGAUGUAAGCCAAGAACGGAGUCGUACCUUCAGUGGAGUGACACUCACCCCAUCGCCAUGGUGACAGCCGCAGUCUUUGGCAUUGUGGUCUUGAUAGCUACCCUCAUUAUCUUUUUGGUGUACAGAGAUUCCCCGCCAAUGAAAAGAGCUGAGGUGAGAUUGUCCUGUGUGAUGAUGUUUGGUCUGGCUGUGAGCUUCUCAAGCGUGAUAUGCUUCAUGGACAAGCCCAAUGUACACCUGUGCCGGGCCCGCCAGGUUAUGUAUGCCAUGGGCUUCACACUGUGUGUGUCCUGCAUACUGGUCAAGGCCUUACGUACCUUCCUGGCUUUCCUUCCCUUUGGUCAGCUUAGAUAUAGGAGACUGCACAGACUAUACAAACCACCUGCAAUUAUAAUCGUCAUUACUAUUCUCCAGGGAAUCAUCUGUCUUCUGUGGCUGAUCUUUGAUUCUCCUCAAAUCGAUAACACACCUCCAUCAUUACAAAGCAUGAAAAAAGUAAUCCAGUGUUGUCAAGGUAGCACAUACAUAGGUUUUGGCAUCAUGUUAAGCUACAUAGCUCUGCUAGCGUUUAUCAGCUUCCUCUUGGCCUUUAAAGGCAGGAAGGUUCCUCAGGAGUUCAGUGAAACAGGCUACAUCAUAUUUAGCAUGCUAAUAUAUUUGUUUGUAUGGAUAUGUUUCAUCCCAGUCUACAUUACCAACAGAGAACAGAGCGCUCCUGUGCAGGUUUCAGUCAUUCUAGUAUCCUGCUAUGGCAUCCUUUUCUGCCAUUUCCUACCCAAGUGCCACGAAGCACUAUGGGGGUCAAACACCGAUACAUUGGAGAUGAUUAUUAGGAGAGCCACCGCCAGGGAAAAUUCUGAUCCAGACCCAGAGAGACACACAGAUAUCCCUAGAAUAAACACAAUCUCUCAUAACAAUAGCGAGUUAUCCGUGUCAAGACCUUCAUCGCAGUGA